AUGCGCCUCCACGCCCCAUCUGUGAUCGCCGCGGCAGCAAUAAACCUCCUCGCCGUCGGCGCCUCGAUUUCGAUUGCCGCCGACUUCGAGAUCACCGUCAACGCCGCCGAGACGCCGCACCUCAAGGAGUGGGCCGAGGAGUCGAAAGAACUGCUGCUGAAGUGGAAGCCGCGGCUGGUGAACCUGCUGUCGUCACCGGGGUUCGAGGCGCCCACCUCGGCGGAGAUCGUCAUGCGGAAGACCGAUGAAGGCGUCGCCGGCACCGCCAACGGCAAGAUCUACGUCUCGUCGCACUGGAUCGAGAAGCACCCCGAGGACAUCGGCCUGAUGGUCCACGAGUUGGUCCACGUGAUCCAGGAUUACCCGAACGGGGCCGAGUUCUGGAUUUGCGAGGGGAUUGCCGACUACAUCCGCUGGGCCAUUUAUGAAGGGAAGGAGCAGGACUGGUUCCAGCGGCCCAAGGAAGAAGGCGGCUACAAGCAGGGCUACCGCGUGGCCGGCGGCUUCCUGCUGUGGAUCGAGUCGAACGACGGCCCGGGAAUCGUCAACAAGCUCAACCGCGCUCUCCGCGAAGGUGAGUAUAAGCCCGAGCUAUUCGAGGAAGCGACCGGCAAGACGCUCGACGAGCUGUGGGACGCCUACACGGCUCGAGCCAUGAAGCGCACGAACGUCAACGCGGUGGUCGAUGCCCUUGCAGCCGUCGAAGCGAUGGUGCUGCUCUCGACGGGGCUGCUGAUCUGGUGGCGUUUGCCGCCCGGCACAGGCCAUUCAGCAACCGUGUGGUCACUCGACCGUCAUCAAUGGGGCGAGCUCCACGCCUGGGUCGCGAUGGCGAUGGUCACGACCCUGCUUGUGCAUCUCGCGCUGCACUGGAAGUGGAUUGUGUGCGUCCUCUCCGGGCAAGACGCGACGACAAAGCGACGCCGUCAGUUGGCCGGACUCGUCACGCUUGGCGCGGUGUUGUUCGCCGCAGCGUCGCCGUUCAUCGCGCCCAUCGAGGUCCGGCAGCAGGCGGCCCGGGGACACGGGCCGCAGGCCGAGUCGGCGCCAUCUGUUGAUCACGAGGCGGGGGGCUUUUCACUCAAUGGGCGGAUGACCGUCGGCGAGGCGGCCGAGGUUCUCGGCAAGAGUUUUGCCGAUUUAGAGGCUCAGAUUGGGCUGCCUGGCGGCGUUAGUGAAGAGGAGCGGCUCGGCCCCCUCGCCCGGGAGUUGGGAAUCUCGAUGGCGGAGCUGCGCGAGCGGCUAGCCCAGUAG